GUGAUACUCUAAUAGUUGAAGAGGAUACGUCCAAACCCAAGACUGACUCGCCUGUAGUGGCAAAAAGAACGAUGCCUAACUCAGUUAGAGAAGCUGUGCCUGUGCUAGCGAGGAGGGUUGUUCCGGCCGAUAACUCCUGUCUCUUCACCAGUGUCUACUACGUGGUGGAGGGAGGCGUGUACGACCCGGGCUGCGCUCCAGAGAUGCGCAGUCUUAUAGCCCAGAUAGUAGCAAGUGAUCCUGAAUCUUACUGUGAGGCAGUUCUAGGGAAGACUAACAGGGAGUAUUGUGACUGGCUCAGAAAAGAAGAGACUUGGGGAGGAGCCAUCGAAGUGUCCAUUUUAUCCAAAUUUUACCAGUGCGAAAUCUGUGUGGUGGACACACAGACAGUCAGAAUCGACCGUUUUGGGGAAGAUGCCGGUUACACUAAGCGGGUCCUUUUAAUUUAUGAUGGGAUUCAUUACGAUCCACUUGAGCGUAAAAUCCCCGACUCAGACAUUCCUCCCCAGACCAUUUUCUCCACAACUGAUGAUAUUGUUCUUGCACAAGCAUUGGAAUUGGCAGAUGAAGCCAGACGGAAGAGGCAGUUUACCGAUGUGAAUCACUUUACGCUGAGGUGCAUGGUGUGCCAGAAGGGACUAACUGGACAAGUGGAAGCCAGAGAACACGCCAAGGAGACUGGACACACCAACUUUGGAGAAGUGUGA